CCUUGUCGCCAUGUUUGUUGUGGGCAUGCGCCUGAGGCUGACGGCUGGCAAACCCGGGCACCGCGGUGCGCCGAAGCUGAAGAUUCCGAAAGGGGGUUCGGGUAGUUUGCUUCGGAGAAGUCUGAGAAGAGGGGUUGCUCCCGAGAUCCCAGGCCUAGCUGUUUCCCAUAUUCUUUAUCCACCUGCGUUUGCAGGAGACCAGACUCCGGCUCCGCCCGGCCCAUGCCGGGUGGUCUGCGGCCGCGAGUUCGUGACCAAGCCCUCCAAGUGAUCGACCUGCCCGCGGGUCCCAACGUGGGGGACCCCUCCAUCCACAAAGCUAGGGUCUGAAAGAUUGCUCUGGGAAAAGGGAAGGAUGCCGCUUUUCUUCCGGAAGCGGAAACCCAGUGAGGAGGCUCGGAAACGCCUGGAGUACCAGAUGUGCCUGGCAAAAGAAGCUGGGGCAGAUGACAUUCUCGACAUCUCUAAAUGUGAGCUCUCAGAGAUUCCCUUUGGAGCUUUUGCAACAUGCAAAGUUCUGCAGAAGAAGGUGCUGAUCGUCCACACGAAUCACCUCACUUCCCUGCUUCCCAAAUCCUGCAGCCUCCUGAGUCUGGCAACCAUCAAGGUUCUAGACCUCCAUGAUAAUCAGCUGACAGCCCUUCCGGAUGAUCUGGGGCAGCUGACUGCCCUCCAGGUCUUAAAUGUGGAAAGGAAUCAACUGACGCAGCUCCCGCAUUCCAUUGGGAACCUGACCCAGCUCCAGACUCUCAACGUUAAAGACAAUAAGCUGAAGGAGCUUCCAGACACCCUGGGGGAGCUUCGAAGCCUGCGUACCCUCAACAUCAGUGGAAACGAGAUCCAGAGGUUGCCGCAGACACUGGCUCACGUUCGAACCCUGGAGAUGCUGAGCCUUGACGCCUCCACCAUGGUCUACCCGCCGCCGGAGGUGUGUGGCGACGGCACCGCGGCCAUCCUGCAGUUCCUCUGCAAAGAGUCAGGGCUAGAAUACUACCCUCCUUCUCAGUACCUGCUGCCAGUUCUGGAGCAAGAUGGAACCAACUCUCGGGACAGCCCUGAUGGGCCCACGGACAGAGUCUCAAGGGAGGAAGUAGAGUGGCAGAACAGGUUCUCAGACUAUGAGAAGAGGAAGGAACAGAAGAUGCUGGAGAAACUCGAGUUUGAACGGCGCCUGGAACUGGGGCAGCGGGAGCAUGCCCAGCUCCUUCAGCAGAGCAGCAGCCAGAAGGACGAGAUCCUCCAGACAGUCAAGGAGGAGCAGUUCCGACUGGAGCAGGGCCUGAGUGAGCGCCAGCGCCACCUUGACGCAGAGCGGCAGCGGCUGCAGGAGCAGCUGAAGCAGACGGAGCAGAGCAUCUCCAGCCGGAUCCAGAUGCUGCUGCAGGAGAAUCAGAGACAAAAGAAGAGUUCCGAGAUUUUGAAAUCGCUGGAAAAUGAAAGAAUAAGAAUGGAACAGUUGAUGUCCAUAACCCAGGAGGAGACUGAGAACCUACGGCGACGUGAGGUUGCCUCCGCCAUGCAGCAGAUGCUGACCGAGCGCUGUAAAAACCGGCUCAUGCAGAUGGCCUACGAAUCUCAGAGGCAGAACUUGGCCCAGCAGGCCUGUUCCAGCAUGGCUGAAAUGGAUGAACGGUUCCAGCAGAUUCUGUCAUGGCAGCAAAUGGAUCAGAACAAAGCCAUCAGCCAGAUCCUGCAGGAGAGCGCGAUGCAGAAGGCUGCCUUCGAGGCGCUCCAGGUGAAGAAAGACCUGAUGCAUCGGCAGAUCAGGAGCCAGAUUAAGUUAAUAGAAACUGAGUUAUUGCAGCUGACACAGCUGGAGUUAAAGAGGAAGUCCCUGGACACAGAGACACUACAGGAGAUGGUCUCGGAGCAGCGCUGGGCCCUCAGCAACCUGCUCCAGCAGCUGCUCAAAGAGAAGCGGCAGCGAGAGGAAGAACUCCGGGAAAUCCUGACGGAGUUAGAAGCCAAAAGUGAAACCAGGCAGGAAAAUUACUGGCUGAUUCAGUAUCAACGGCUUUUGAACCAGAAGCCCUUGUCCUUGAAGCUGCAAGAAGACGGCAUGGAGCGCCAGCUGGUGGCCCUCCUGGAGGAGCUGUCAGCCGAGCACUACCUGCCCAUCUUUGCCCACCACCGCCUCUCACUGGCCCUGCUAAGCCAGAUGAGCCCCGGGGACCUGGCCAAGCUGGGCGUAUCAGAAGCUGGCCUGCAGCACGAGAUCCUCCGGAAGGUCCAAGAACUGCUGGAUGCAGCCAGGAUCCAGCCAGAGCUGAAACCACCAGCGGGUGAGGUCCUCACCCCCACAGCCCCCCAGGAGCCUCCAGAGUCCGUGAGGCCAUCGGCUCCCCCUGCAGAGCUGGAGGUGCAGGCCUCAGAGUGUGUGGUGUGCCUGGAACGGGAGGCCCAGAUGAUCUUCCUCAACUGUGGCCAUGUCUGCUGCUGCCAGCAGUGCUGCCAACCACUGCGCACCUGCCCGCUGUGCCGCCAGGACAUUGUCCAGCGCCUCCGGAUCUACCACAGCAGCUGAGUGCUGCCCGCCCACCUUGGCCUGGCCCUGCCUCAGUCACUGUGAGCCCCAGGCUUCUGCUCAGCCUUGCGCCAGUCAGACUCAUACGAGGUCCCCCCUACCCUGGGCCCUUUCCCCACUGCCCAGGAGCCCCCACCUUGAGCUCCAAGCACCUCUGGGCCAGGCAGAGGUGCUCCUGAUCCAUGACACCACCAGUCUGAAUGGUCCCUGGGGCCGCGGCUGGACGGGCCGCUGCACCACCACCCGAGCCUGGGAGCCAGCAUCCCAGCCUAAUCAUGGAUCUGCUGCCUCCCAAGUUCUCUGACUGAAGGUCAUUCUGCUCCUUCCGGAGCUUGGGUCCUCAUCUGGGGACCAUGCACAGUCCUGUCCCGCUCUGCAUGUGGGGAGUGAGCAGGAGGGCCCAGAUCGGUGAGGGGAGGCCGUGGCCGUGGGGGCCAUCCUGGGAAGGCAAGCAGUGCAGGCCUAUGCUCACAGUGGUGCUGGCACCCCUGGGCCUCCCUCUCUGCUGCUUCCCAGCACACUGGGGCCCUCCUGCUCUCUGCAACUGUCCCUCCUCACACCAUGUGGCUUGAUCCAAAGUAGGGGUGUCAAUAAACCCAUCUUCAGC